AUGCCCGCCUUCAUCCGUUGUUUUUUUUUUUUUUUUUCAUAUGCAACACUCACUUUCGUCCUGUCAGGCUUAACUUCUCUCGGAAUUUAUUUUUCUUUCUUUCUUUUUUUCUUUCUUUCUUUCUUUUUUUCUUUCUUUCUUUAUUUAUUUUCAUUCUAUUUAUAUUUAAUUCUUCUUUUCUCCCUUUCUUUGUUUCAUUUUUCUUUGUUUUUUCUUUCUAUCUUUCUUUCUUUCUUUCUUUCUUUCUUUCUUUCUUUCUUUAGUAUGUUUCACAAUUGGUGCCUUCGGCUAUUAAAUAACUUUUUAUAUAUGACUCUCUCUCUCUUUUUCUCUCUCUCUCCCAUUUUCUCACUAGCUCCUUUAUUUUUUUCCCUUUUUAUAUCUUUUCUGCCCACUCCCUUUGUAUAUAUUCUUUAUCCACUUCUCUCUCUGUAUAUAUAUAUCCUCUCGUUCCCUCUCUCUGCCUAUAUAAUAUCCUCUCUCACCUUAUAUGCAUAUUUUCUCUUCACUUCUCUCUCUAUAUAUAUAGGCUUUCUUCCUCUCCCUCUAUUUCUCAUAUAUUCUUUCUCACAAUUAUCGCAUAUUCAUUUUAAUAGGACUCGUUUCUUCCCCCCGCCCUCUCUCUCUCUCUCUCUCUCUCUCCGUUUGUGCCUUUUUCCUCUUUUUCUCUCCUUUCUUUCCUCCUCACAUUUAUUCUCUCUUAUCUUCUGCCUUUCGCUUCCACAUAUAAGCGGAGGGAUAGAAGCAAACUGA